AUGCUGCAACCUAAAUUGGUCGACCUGGUCGACCAAAUCUAUAGACCCGAGCACCGACCCAAGCAUCGACCCGAGCACCGACCCGUGCACAGACUCGAGCACCGACCCGAGCACAGACCCGAGCACCGACCCGAGCACAGACCCGAGCAUCGACCCAAGCACAGACCCGAGCAUCGACCCAAGCACAGAACCGAGCAUCGACCUGAGCACAGACCCGAGCAAAGAACAGAGCACCGACCCAAGCACAGACCCGAUCAUCGACCCGAGCACCGACCCGAGCACAGACCCGAGCACCGAUCCAAGCACAGACCCGAGCAUCGACCCGAGCACCGACCAGAGCAUCGAUCCGAGCACCGACCCGUGCACAGACUCGAGCACCGACCCGAGCAUCGACCCAAGCACAGACCCGAGCAUCGACCCAAGCACAGACCCGAGCAUCGACCUGAGCACAGACCCGAGCACCGAACAGAGCACCGACCCGAGCAUAGACCCGAGCAUCGACCCGAGCACCGACCCGAGCACAGACCCAAGCAUCGACCCGAGCACCGACCCAAGCACUGA